AUGGAUGAAUUAGUCAAACAUCGCUCUUACAGCUGCUACAAAUGUCGAAGACAUGUCUCAUUUCACGAUGAUAUCAUCUCUACCAACUUCCAGUCAAAGAAAGGCAAGGCUUUCCUUUUUGCUCAUGUGAGAAAUGUUGUUGUUGGAACCAAUGAAGAAAAACGUCUCACAACUGGUCUUCACACAAUUGCUGACAUUUACUGUGUGGAUUGCAACGAGGUAUUGGGUUGGAAGUAUGAAAAAGCUGUUGAGCCAUCGCAGAAGUACAAGGAAGGGAAAUUCGUACUCGAGCUAUGCAAAAUUGUUAAAGACAAUUGGUAA